CCCAAGAUCUGGAGGUGGAAUGUUUGACUACAACAACAGUUGAGACCACGACAUCACCGACCUGUCCUAUUGAAUGUUCGAGCUGUGAAACUGAUCCAAUAUCUGGUCAGAUUGUGAAGGUUGUUUGUUCUGGAAUUUCACCUAGAGCCCUACCCAACACGCUGAAGGAAAUGAUCCUAUCUGACUAUCAAGUGCGAUCCCCGACUCUUGACAGCAGCCUGUUUGCUGGCAAAGUCUUCUUGGAAAGAGUGGAACUCAAGAACUUUGGUAUUGAAUCCCUGGCAUCUGACGUGUUUUCAGAUAACACUAAUUUGACUGUUUUACUUCUGGAGCAAAAUCCCAUGUCUGUUCUUACAUCAAGCAUGUUUGCCAGCGUUUCCAAUCUACAAGAACUGUAUUUGAAAAACAACAGCAUCACAUCUGUUCCCGAUGACACCUUCUCCAGUUUAGGAGACUUGAAGAAAAUGAGCCUUGCGGGAAACCAACUGAAUACAAUAUCUGAGAAUGCAUUCCGGCGUCUGAACAGUCUCCAGAGCCUGGACGUCUCUGGUAACCAACUUAGAAGUGUUAACCCAGCCUCUCUACAAAACAUUGUCAGUGUGACAAGCCUCAAUUUCAAUGGCAACAACAUAGCUUCACUGAACGUUGGUGACUUUGCAAAUCUGGCAAAUGUGCUGACUUUAUAUCUGUCCGAAAAUGAAAUUGCCGUGGUUGAUGCAGAGGUAUUCAGGGGUAUGCCAUUAGAAGAACUAGACAUGAACAAUAAUAUUCUUUCUGCUAUACCAUCUUCGGUUCAAGAUGUGUCCUUCACCUUGAAGACCUUAAAACUGAGCAAGAAUCGCAUACAAAGUAUUUCAGCUGGAGAGUUGGAUAAUCUGAAUCUUGAUCUACUUGAUCUGAGCAACAACUCUUUAACAUCGUUCGACACAUCAAUGAUUGGAGGUUCCAAUAUAACUAUGACCAACCUUGAAGGUAAUAACAUUGAAUCCUUGCCAACUGAUUUAUCGACUUUCCUUUCUCAGUCGUCCAGUGUAUAUCUGUCUGGAAACCCCUGGCUGUGUGACUGUGAUACAAUGUGGCUGACCCAAUCAGUUCGCGAUGCGUCCAACAAGUUCCUGUCUGAGAAUGCAUCCGAUCCAGCUUGUGCAAGUCCAACCCAGUAUGUUGGUACCAGCCUACAGACAGCUGCCCAAGAUCUGGAGGUGGAAUGUUUGACUACAACAACAGUUGAGACCACGACAUCACCGACCUGUCCUAUUGAAUGUUCGAGCUGUGAAACUGAUCCAAUAUCUGGUCAGAUUGUGAAGGUUGUUUGUUCUGGAAUUUCACCUAGAGCCCUACCCAACACGCUGAAGGAAAUGAUCCUAUCUGACUAUCAAGUGCGAUCCCCGACUCUUGACAGCAGCCUGUUUGCUGGCAAAGUCUUCUUGGAAAGAGUGGAACUCAAGAACUUUGGUAUUGAAUCCUUGGCAUCUGACGUGUUUUCAGAUAACACUAAUUUGACUGUUUUACUUCUGGAGCAAAAUCCCAUGUCUGUUCUUACAUCAAGCAUGUUUGCCAGCGUUUCCAAUCUACAAGAACUGUAUUUGAAAAACAACAGCAUCACAUCUGUUCCCGAUGACACCUUCUCCAGUUUAGGAGACUUGAAGAAAAUGAGCCUUGCGGGAAACCAACUGAAUACAAUAUCUGAGAAUGCAUUCCGGCGUCUGAACAGUCUCCAGAGCCUGGACGUCUCUGGUAACCAACUUAGAAGUGUUAACCCAGCCUCUCUACAAAACAUUGUCAGUGUGACAAGCCUCAAUUUCAAUGGCAACAACAUAGCUUCACUGAACGUUGGUGACUUUGCAAAUCUGGCAAAUGUGCUGACUUUAUAUCUGUCCGAAAAUGAAAUUGCCGUGGUUGAUGCAGACGUAUUCAGGGGUAUGCCAUUAGAAGAACUAGACAUGAACAAUAAUAUUCUUUCUGCUAUACCAUCUUCGGUUCAAGAUGUGUCCUUCACCUUGAAGACCUUAAAACUGAGCAAGAAUCGCAUACAAAGUAUUUCAGCUGGAGAGUUGGAUAAUCUGAAUCUUGAUCUACUUGAUCUGAGCAACAACUCUUUAACAUCGUUCGACACAUCAAUGAUUGGAGGUUCCAAUAUAACUGUGACCAACCUUGAAGGUAAUAACAUUGAAUCCUUGCCAACUGAUUUAUCGACUUUCCUUUCUCAGUCGUCCAGUGUAUAUCUGUCUGGAAACCCCUGGCUGUGUGACUGUGAUACAAUGUGGCUGACCCAAUCAGUUCGCGAUGCGUCCAACAAGUUCCUGUCUGAGAAUGCAUCCGAUCCAGCUUGUGCAAGUCCAACCCAGUAUGUUGGUACCAGCCUACAGACAGCUGCCCAAGAUCUGGAGGUGGAAUGUUUGACUACAACAACAGUUGAGACCACGACAUCACCGACCUGUCCUAUUGAAUGUUCGAGCUGUGAAACUGAUCCAAUAUCUGGUCAGAUUGUGAAGGUUGUUUGUUCUGGAAUUUCACCUAGAGCCCUACCCAACACGCUGAAGGAAAUGAUCCUAUCUGACUAUCAAGUGCGAUCCCCGACUCUUGACAGCAGCCUGUUUGCUGGCAAAGUCUUCUUGGAAAGAGUGGAACUCAAGAACUUUGGUAUUGAAUCCUUGGCAUCUGACGUGUUUUCAGAUAACACUAAUUUGACUGUUUUACUUCUGGAGCAAAAUCCCAUGUCUGUUCUUACAUCAAGCAUGUUUGCCAGCGUUUCCAAUCUACAAGAACUGUAUUUGAAAAACAACAGCAUCACAUCUGUUCCCGAUGACACCUUCUCCAGUUUAGGAGACUUGAAGAAAAUGAGCCUUGCGGGAAACCAACUGAAUACAAUAUCUGAGAAUGCAUUCCGGCGUCUGAACAGUCUCCAGAGCCUGGACGUCUCUGGUAACCAACUUAGAAGUGUUAACCCAGCCUCUCUACAAAACAUUGUCAGUGUGACAAGCCUCAAUUUCAAUGGCAACAACAUAGCUUCACUGAACGUUGGUGACUUUGCAAAUCUGGCAAAUGUGCUGACUUUAUAUCUGUCCGAAAAUGAAAUUGCCGUGGUUGAUGCAGAGGUAUUCAGGGGUAUGCCAUUAGAAGAACUAGACAUGAACAAUAAUAUUCUUUCUGCUAUACCAUCUUCGGUUCAAGAUGUGUCCUUCACCUUGAAGACCUUAAAACUGAGCAAGAAUCGCAUACAAAGUAUUUCAGCUGGAGAGUUGGAUAAUCUGAAUCUUGAUCUACUUGAUCUGAGCAACAACUCUUUAACAUCGUUCGACACAUCAAUGAUUGGAGGUUCCAAUAUAACUGUGACCAACCUUGAAGGUAAUAACAUUGAAUCCUUGCCAACUGAUUUAUCGACUUUCCUUUCUCAGUCGUCCAGUGUAUAUCUGUCUGGAAACCCCUGGCUGUGUGACUGUGAUACAAUGUGGCUGACCCAAUCAGUUCGCGAUGCGUCCAACAAGUUCCUGUCUGAGAAUGCAUCCGAUCCAGCUUGUGCAAGUCCAACCCAGUAUGUUGGUACCAGCCUACAGACAGCUGCCCGAGAUCUGGAGGUGGAAUGUUUGACUACAACAACAGUUGAGACCACGACAUCACCGACCUGUCCUAUUGAAUGUUCGAGCUGUGAAACUGAUCCAAUAUCUGGUCAGAUUGUGAAGGUUGUUUGUUCUGGAAUUUCACCUAGAGCCCUACCCAACACGCUGAAGGAAAUGAUCCUAUCUGACUAUCAAGUGCGAUCCCCGACUCUUGACAGCAGCCUGUUUGCUGGCAAAGUCUUCUUGGAAAGAGUGGAACUCAAGAACUUUGGUAUUGAAUCCUUGGCAUCUGACGUGUUUUCAGAUAACACUAAUUUGACUGUUUUACUUCUGGAGCAAAAUCCCAUGUCUGUUCUUACAUCAAGCAUGUUUGCCAGCGUUUCCAAUCUACAAGAACUGUAUUUGAAAAACAACAGCAUCACAUCUGUUCCCGAUGACACCUUCUCCAGUUUAGGAGACUUGAAGAAAAUGAGCCUUGCGGGAAACCAACUAAAUACAAUAUCUGAGAAUGCAUUCCGGCGUCUGAACAGUCUCCAGAGCCUGGACGUCUCUGGUAACCAACUUAGAAGUGUUAACCCAGCCUCUCUACAAAACAUUGUCAGUGUGACAAGCCUCAAUUUCAAUGGCAACAACAUAGCUUCACUGAACGUUGGUGACUUUGCAAAUCUGGCAAAUGUGCUGACUUUAUAUCUGUCCGAAAAUGAAAUUGCCGUGGUUGAUGCAGAGGUAUUCAGGGGUAUGCCAUUAGAAGAACUAGACAUGAACAAUAAUAUUCUUUCUGCUAUACCAUCUUCGGUUCAAGAUGUGUCCUUCACCUUGAAGACCUUAAAACUGAGCAAGAAUCGCAUACAAAGUAUUUCAGCUGGAGAGUUGGAUAAUCUGAAUCUUGAUCUACUUGAUCUGAGCAACAACUCUUUAACAUCGUUCGACACAUCAAUGAUUGGAGGUUCCAAUAUAACUGUGACCAACCUUGAAGGUAAUAACAUUGAAUCCUUGCCAACUGAUUUAUCGACUUUCCUUUCUCAGUCGUCCAGUGUAUAUCUGUCUGGAAACCCCUGGCUGUGUGACUGUGAUACAAUGUGGCUGACCCAAUCAGUUCGCGAUGCGUCCAACAAGUUCCUGUCUGAGAAUGCAUCCGAUCCAGCUUGUGCAAGUCCAACCCAGUAUGUUGGUACCAGCCUACAGACAGCUGCCCAAGAUCUGGAGGUGGAAUGUUUGACUACAACAACAGUUGAGACCACGACAUCACCGACCUGUCCUAUUGAAUGUUCGAGCUGUGAAACUGAUCCAAUAUCUGGUCAGAUUGUGAAGGUUGUUUGUUCUGGAAUUUCACCUAGAGCCCUACCCAACACGCUGAAGGAAAUGAUCCUAUCUGACUAUCAAGUGCGAUCCCCGACUCUUGACAGCAGCCUGUUUGCUGGCAAAGUCUUCUUGGAAAGAGUGGAACUCAAGAACUUUGGUAUUGAAUCCUUGGCAUCUGACGUGUUUUCAGAUAACACUAAUUUGACUGUUUUACUUCUGGAGCAAAAUCCCAUGUCUGUUCUUACAUCAAGCAUGUUUGCCAGCGUUUCCAAUCUACAAGAACUGUAUUUGAAAAACAACAGCAUCACAUCUGUUCCCGAUGACACCUUCUCCAGUUUAGGAGACUUGAAGAAAAUGAGCCUUGCGGGAAACCAACUAAAUACAAUAUCUGAGAAUGCAUUCCGGCGUCUGAACAGUCUCCAGAGCCUGGACGUCUCUGGUAACCAACUUAGAAGUGUUAACCCAGCCUCUCUACAAAACAUUGUCAGUGUGACAAGCCUCAAUUUCAAUUGCAACAACAUAGCUUCACUGAACGUUGGUGACUUUGCAAAUCUGGCAAAUGUGCUGACUUUAUAUCUGUCCGAAAAUGAAAUUGCCGUGGUUGAUGCAGACGUAUUCAGGGGUAUGCCAUUAGAAGAACUAGACAUGAACAAUAAUAUUCUUUCUGCUAUACCAUCUUCGGUUCAAGAUGUGUCCUUCACCUUGAAGACCUUAAAACUGAGCAAGAAUCGCAUACAAAGUAUUUCAGCUGGAGAGUUGGAUAAUCUGAAUCUUGAUCUACUUGAUCUGAGCAACAACUCUUUAUCAUCGUUUGACACAUCAAUGAUUGGAAGAUCCAAUAUAACUGUGACCAACCUUGAAGGUAAUAACAUUGAGUCCUUGCCAACUGAUUUAUCGACUUUCCUUUCUCAGUCGUCCAGUGUAUAUCUGUCUGGAAACCCCUGGCUGUGUGAUUGUGAAAAGAUAUGGAUGAUGCAGUUAAUUCGUGAUUUUCCUGGAAAAUUCGUAAGGUCAGAAAACACAACAGACCUUGUAUGUUUUGCGCCAUUAUCAUAUUCAUCUGUUAGUCUCGCUGCCGCUGCUACCAGUUUGGAAGUAGACUGCCUCACGACCACAACUACCCUCACUCCAUUGACAUGCCCGUCUGAGUGUUCCGUCUGUAACAGAGACCCAGGAACAGGUGACAUCAUCAGCGUGGAAUGCUCAGGCAUACCGCCAAUGGUAGUACCAAACACGGUGCAGGAAAUGACACUGUCUGAUUACGUGAUCCGAGGUGGAAUAAUGGAUGGCAGUUUCUUGGCAGGCAAAGGAAACUUAAAGUCUGUUACACUUAAGAACUAUGGAAUAACAGAAUUUGUUGCAGACACUUUCAAGGAUAACCCUCUCAUACAGAAACUCACUGUUAGUGAUAGUGGUUUGACAGUCGUACCGGACAAUGUAUUCGAAAACAUGACUUCAUUACAACAAUUGGGUAUUACUGGCAAUAGCUUGACUGAAAUAUCCUUUAGCACGCUGACAGAUCUGAGCAGUUUAAUGUUUCUAGAUCUCUCCAACAAUUCCUUCACAUCUUUUGAUACAGCAUCUAUGGCCACUGCCACAUCCCUAAUUGGUUUGAGCCUUUCACAGAACAAACUCACGUCCCUAACGUCCCAAAUGUUUAGCAGCCUUCAAAGAUUACAGAUGUUGAUUUUGUUUGACAAUCAAAUAUCACAAAUAUCUGACCUAGCGUUUUCCAACACCUCAUUGACACAGUUAAAUCUCGGAAACAACCAGUUGACAUCCUUCCCAUCAGGACCUCUGAAUGCUGUUGGAAACAGUCUUCAGAAUUUAGAUCUCUCUGACAACAGGAUAUCUCUACUUGAAAACUACAUGUGUCCUGGUUUGGUGUUUUCGGAACUGAUCCUCGCGGGGAAUCGUAUAUCGAGCAUAGCCGAUAAUGCCUUUACAAACUGUUCAGCAGGAAUCACAGAUCUGGAAGCGAACAGUUUGACCACUGUACCACUUUCCUUCAAAGACUUUGUAUUACAAUGUGACAGUGUGUAUAUCAGUGAAAAUCCCUGGGCGUGUGACUGCAACAGUGCUUGGUUUGCCGAGUUUAUACGUGAUAUAGACAGUGUGAAAUAUAAACGAUUUGACGAAGCCCCGGAUCCGGACUGUGGAUCCCCGUAUGACUAUGAACGCAUCUAUUUGAAGGAUGCAGCAGGAAGACUUGCAGUACAAUGCCUGUCAACAACUGUUCUCCCUUCCUCUGAAUACACCACGCCUGAUGUCUCUUUGAGUCCCUCGAUGGUAAUGACAGCAUCAAUUACUGAGUCUGUUACACAUCUGAUUAUUACAAACACCGAAUCUCUAAUGAUGUCACCUCUAACAGAGACUGCAGGAAGUCCAACUGAUGUCUUGUCAAUUACGGCUUCAACAGACACUUACAGAGGGGUCUCUCUAGGACCAUCUACUUUGCAAUCAUCAGAAAAUCCUUAUGCCAUGGACACAUCAUCAAUACAACCGUCAGAUGUUCUCCUGCACACUUCAGACUCAAGGUUUUUUUCAGAUUCAUUUAACAUUGGUGCUGUGAGCACAGUAAUAGAUAGUCCACAGACUGUUCCUCCAUCUGAUGCAACUCCACCACUUUCACAAGUCUACUCUCCAGGACCCUCUUAUACUCUGGAUACCUCUGUGGCAGUUCAGUCUUCAAUGAUGUCAGCUUAUGCAUCACAGACAAACACACCUGCCAGUAGCUCUGAUAUGUGCUCGAAGUUGGGUGCUUGUGUUGAGUCUUCCCAGUUCAGUGUCUCACCAAGCUACUCCCCUCCCUCUGUGACCGUUACAGAAAUUUUGCCUGUGGAGAGCAGAACACAGUCAGAUAGUGACAGUUCUUACCGACCAUCUCUGUUGCCAUACAGUGAUUCUAGCCAGAUGAUCAUCCCAUCACAGUCGGCAAGUGACAGUCCAACAUCUCGGAUUUCACAAGCACCAAACAGUGAUGUUUCCUCUAUGUAUAAUCCAAGUGACUCUAGCCAGAUGAUUCUCCCAUCACAGUCGGCAAGACUUAGCGACAGCCCAACAUAUCAGAUUUCACAAACACCAAACAGUGAUGUUUCAUCUAUGUAUAAUCCCAGUGACUCUAGCCAGAUGAUCCUCCCUUCACAGUCGGCAAAUGACAGUCCAACAUCUCAGAUUUCACAAGCACCAAACAGUGAUGUUUCAUCGAUGUAUAAUCCAAGUGACUCUAGCCAGAUGAUCCUCCCUUCACAGUCGGCAAGACUUAGCGACAGCCCAACAUAUCAGAUUUCACAAACACCAAACAGUGAUGUUUCAUCUAUGUAUAAUCCCAGUGACUCUAGCCAGAUGAUCCUCCCUUCACAGUCGGCAAGUGACAGUCCAACAUCUCAGAUUUCACAAGCACCAAACAGUGAUGUUCCAUCUAUGUAUAAUCCAAGUGACUCUAGCCAGAUAAUCCUCCCAUCACAGUCGGCAAGUGACAACCCAACAUCUCAGAUUUCACAAGCACCAUACAGUGAUGUUUCAUCUAUGUAUAAUCCAAGUGACUCUAGCCAGAUGAUCCUCCCAUCACAGUCGGCAAGACUUAGCGACAGCCCAACAUCUCAGAUUUCACAAGCACCAAACAGUGAUGUUUCAUCUAUGUAUAAUCCAAGUGACUCUAGCCAGAUGAUCCUCCCAUCACAGUCGGCAAGUGACAGUCCAACAUCUCAGAUUUCACAAGCACCAAACAGUGAUGUUUCAUCUAUGUAUAAUCCAAGUGACUCUAGCCAGAUGAUCCUCCCAUCACAGUCGGCAAGUGACAGCCAAACAUCUCAGAUUUCACAAGCACCAAACAGUGAUGUUUCAUCGAUGUAUAAUCCAAGUGACUCUAGCCAGAUGAUUCUCCCAUCACAGUCGGCAAGUGACAGUCCAACAUCUCAGAUUUCACAAGCACCAAACAGUGAUGUUUCAUCUAUGUAUCAUCCAAGUGACGCUAGCCAGAUGAUUCUCCCAUCACAGUCGGCAAGUGACAGUCCAACAUCUCAGAUUUCACAAGCACCAUACAGUGAUGUUUCAUCUAUGUAUAAUCCAAGUGACUCUAGCCAGAUGAUCCUCCCAUCACAGUCGGCAAGUGACAGCCUUGCGACCGCUACAUCAACAAGACUUUCAAUAACUCCAUCUACAACAAGUGCAUUUGGUACAGACCCGUCUGCUUCAGUGUAUAGUGUUGCACCAGAUACAACACCAACCGACUCAACCACAACAGACUCUGGCACAACCACUACAACGGAUACAGCAACUGGUACAACCACUACAACGGACACAGCAACUGGUACGACCACUACAACGGACACAGCAACUGGUACGACCACUACAACGGAUACAGCAACUGGUUCAACCACUACAACGGAUACAGCAACUGGCACAACGACUGGUUCAACCACUAGAUUGGAGACAGCAACUGGCACAACCACUUUAACGGAUACAGCAACUGGUUCAACCACUACAACGGAUACAGCAACUGGUACAACCACUACAACGGAUACAGCAACUGGUACAACCACUACAACGGAUACAGUAACUGGUACAACCACUACAACGGAUACAGCAACUGGUUCAACCACCACAUCGGACACAGCAACUGGUUCAACCACUACAUCGGACACAGCAACUGGUUCAACCACUACAUCGGACACAGCAACUACUUCCACUACUACAACGGAUACAGCAACUGGCACAACAGCUACAACCGACACAACAACUGGCGCAACCACUACAACGGACACAGCAACUGGUACAACCACUACAACUGAUACAACAACUGGUUCAACCACUACAACGGAUACAGCAACUGGUUCAACCACUACAUCGGACACAGCAACUAGUUCCACUACUUCAACGGAUACAACAACUGGCACAACAGCUGCAACGGACACAGCAACUGGUUCAACCACUACAACGGACACAGCAACUGGUACAACAACAUCAACGAGUACAGCCACUGCGACGACUACGACAACUACAAGUGAUACAACAACUGCGUCCACAGAGAAAACAUCGAACGAUCCAACUAAUGAAGCGAGCGCGUCCAACAGCGACGCCGCCACCAUUGCCGGUACUGUGACGGGUACCGUGGCGCUCCUCGGUGCCUGUGGUGCUGUAAUAUGGAAGUUCAAACUGGUGGGUAAGUUGUGCCCUAAAUCCACCCCAACGACGUCAAGCAUCCCUUCAGGCCCCGCCCAGCCCCCAGCCACUACACAACCCCCGGCUGCCCAGUCGUCUGCUGCUAACAGUUCUGGCGGGAACAACAAUGGCGGGCCUCGGAAUAAACCAGCUAACAAUGGCGACAAAGCGGAAAGCAUGCCGGAAGUCCAGGUAUAACCUCCAACCCAAACGUUUCUGAUAUAUAUGUUUUAUACAUAAACUUUGGGUUUGACGUGGGUGGAUGCAACAAAAACACCUGGAUAUAAUGAAAUCAGUUCUAAUCAGUUGUAUAAGACGUCGUUUGAUAUUAUUAUCGUGUGGCGUCAUUGGUCACGUUUGUUAUAACUAGCAUAUUCUUGGCUUAUAAUCUCGUUAUGCCCAGUUUUGAUAGACAAUACGCAAUAAGAAUAAUCGCUGAUGUUAUUUAGUCAGGGCUUUAGCCUCAUUUUAAUCAUAAUUUAUAAAUCAAUGUAACAUUACAAUUUGGUAUUUAUCAAUAUGCUGGUGUCAUGCACUUAUGUCCGUCCAAAGUACUGUAAAUCUUGAAAUUAAUGCGUCUCUUUUAUUUCCGCUAUCCACAGUGUGAAGUGAAGGCCGUCUUUUUGUCGAUAUCAUUUUGGAGACAUACAUCCGAUGUUUAGUUAAUGCGAACAAAGACCACUCGCAUUUUUCGUAUUUAAUUCACUCUCGCGUUAAUUUCAAGAUUUACGGUAUUUAAUUGUGUUAAGACCAGACUAUUGUCUAUUGUUAUUCGAACGAGUCGACUCCGAAAACAGCAACAGAGACUGUUUUUUUGAAAGUAUAUGUAUUUCUCAGUUGUUGUUUUUACAAGAACUUCAUGUUUUUAUCGAGGUGUUGUUUUAAAAAGUAUCACAAUUCUUGUUAUGAAUUUCAUGUAUUCCUAUCUUAGUAAUAUAAGUAAUCCUGUUCGAGUUUGUUUUCCGAAAUUCAAUGAUGGCUUACGUAACUUUUUUUUUUUUACAAAGCUUCAUCCUGUGAUACUAGUGGUUGGUUAUAUUGAAGAUCAAACAAAUACUAUACUACUAUAUAUCGUCAACAAAAUGGCCAUUAUGUACAUGGUCCAGCCUGCGUCUGUGAUAUUUUGAGUGAUGUAACUGUUUCUUUGGUGUACAUUAUGUACAGUGAAACCCUGUUUAUCCGGACGGUACUGUUCGCAGUUGAAAGAUGCAAUUUCUUUAUUAACGGAUCAUUAGUAUUGAUGAAAGUCCUUUUGUAUAUGUAUGUAGACGUUGACUGCAAAGUUUGUCCGGAAUACUAGAUGUCCGGAUUAACGGGGUUUAGCUGUUUGUGUUAUCUCGACCGGUGACAUUACCUAGUCGCGAAGUUGUAACUUUCCCCCGCCUCUUUCAUUAUAUGUAGCAAGCCAUUGAUCUAGUUUCGUAUAUAAAUGAUGUAAUCACAAAAAAGGGGGAGGUUGGGGUAGCCCAGUGGUUAAAGCGUUCGUUCAUCACGCCUAAGACCAAGGUUCGAUUCCCCACAUGGGUACAAUGUUUGGAGCCCAUUUCUGGUGUCCCCCCGCCGUGAUGUUGCUGGAAUGUUGCUAAAAGCGGCGUAAACCAUACUCACUCACUCAUCACAAAAAGGAGGUGUAUGGAUAAAACAACUUCUUUUUUUAUACAUACGCGUAUCCGGGCCACUUCAGGCCCAUCCAUCAGGUGUUUGACAGGGUGGGAGAAUAAACACGUUGUUAACCAUUAUCCUCCUUUUCCUGAUUGCAUCCAACUUUUAAAUGCCUACAAAAACUCUCAUGAUAUGGUUUUUGCGAUAGUUUUAUU